UUUAUACGAAAUUGUAAGGCGCGCGCGGUAAAGUGUGUUUUCGUUGUGCGUUGAUUUCAUUUUAGUUUGAGAAAUGUCAUUUGGCACGGGAUUCGGAGUCGCAACUUCGACGCCUGGUUCUGCGUUUAGUUUUGGUUCCACGGCUUCUACUGCGGCCACGCCAGUGAAACCAGGAUUUGUGACACCAUCCUUCGGAUUCAAUACACCAGCUACUUCGGCUCCCAGCCUCUUUGGUGCUUCUUCCACCCCAGCAACUGGUGGCUUUGGCACAGGCACUGGAUUUGGGACACCAGCUGCCACUGGGUUCGGUAAUACAUCCACAACUGGAUUUGGUACUACACCUGCAUUUGGAACCACACCCACAAGUGGAUUUGGAUCCACUCCUGCAUUUGGUAGCACAUCUGUGCAAGCAGGCACUGGAUUUGGAUCAACUUCAACCUUUGGUAGCACUCCUGCUUCUACUGCAGCCUUUGGAGGAUUUGGAAAUACCACCACAACAUCGUCUUUAGGCUUUGGUAGUUUCAGUGGAUUUGGAACAGCGACAACUACUUCUGCACCAUCCUUCUUCGGAGGAUUUGGUACUGGAAGUACAGCCCCCACUGGUUUUGGUGCAUCUACAGGUUUUGGUGCAUUUGGAACAAAACCAACAACUACAACUACCACCACUGGUUUUGGUGGUUUUGGCGCAGGUAUAGGAUUUACAGGCUUUGGAACUGGACUUGCUCAGCCUCAACAACAACAACCAUUUCAGCAACAACAACAGCAACAAUUACAACAACAAACUAUUAAUACUAUAUCAGAAGCGCUGUAUAAUGCUGUUUUUAAUUGUCAAUUGUACAACGACGAACGUGACAAUAUUAUUGCCAGAUGGAAUCUCAUACAAGCCUUGUGGGGCACUGGGAAGGCUUACUACUCUAUGAAUGCACCACCUAUAGAGCUCAAUCAAGAAAACCCAUUAUGUAGAUUUAAGGCUAUUGGGUACAGUCGCAUGCCUGAAGCAGAUAACAACGACGGCCUGGUUGUUCUUUGUUUCAAUAAGAAAAAGAACGAUGUAAAAGAGGGGGAGACACAAUUGAUCGGCUUUUUAAAUAAUAUCUUAGGAAAUAAACCAAAUUUAUCACUGACGAUAGACAACAUCAAGGCAACUGGGGAAGAAAAAAGUCAGGUGACUAUCUUUGUCACGGAGAAGGGAAUUACUGGAGCUCCCAGGAAAAUUCCCGCCAAUGAGUUGGUUACGUAUUUAUCGCAACCAAUGCAGAAGCAGCAGUUAAUGCAGAAUGGUGUAGAAGACAUGUUGCCUUUAGUAAAACUAGAUCCCGUGCAACUGAAAGAAUAUUUAGACAAUCCACCCUGUUCGAUCGAUCCUAGAUUAUGGAAACAAGCGCAACUCGAUAAUCCUAAUCCAGGAAUGUACAUACCUGUGCCAAUGAUCGGCUUUCAGCAAGUGAAACACAGGUUGAAGUGCCAAGAAGAAGAAACAAGUAGGCACAGAAAUUUCCUAGAUAUGGCAUCCGAAGAAAUACAAAAUCUCCAGAGGCAACAUACAGCGAUACAGUCUAGGCUUAAAGAGCAUAGGAGAAACCUGUUGGAACUUCAGCAUAGGGUACUGCAAGUAUUGGUACGACAGGAAAUAACUCGGAAAGUUGGGUUGUCCUUGCAGUCGGAAGAAGAAGUUCUAACGCGUAGGUUCGAAACCAUGCACUCACAGAUCAGUGCUCCAACUCAGUUCAAAGGUAGAAUUAGUGAAAUGCUAUCUCAAUUAAGAAUGAGAAAUCAUAUAGAUACCCAAAACCAGGAAAGAUACGCGAUGGAUCCUAUAGCACAGGACGAUAUAAAGGCGUAUCUUAGUAUGGAGCAACAGGGCAUGGCGCAAUUGAUUUCAACGAUACACUCCGAUCUAGAAAGCUUAAAAAUAAUCAAAGACGGCAUGUCCGACCUCUUGAUGGGUCACAGUAUAUCGUGAGAGUUAUAUUUAGUACAUUAUUCAGGUGAUUUUUAUCAAAAUGUUCACGACGACAUAACUAUUGUUUUCGUCGAUGAUAGACUCUCAGAAACUUGGAAAAGAUACGUUAACAAGAAAUUCCUUGCACCUCCCAAGUUUGGUGCCAUAUUUAUUGUGUUUUCACCUCUCAGCUUCCGAAGGUUAUAUUUUUUUAUUAGGAAAGAUUUAUUUACCCUAAUAAAUAAUGUUGCCAACGUGAAAAGUUAUCAACUUUUCACCUGUUACACAGCCGUUGUCCAUAAAGCUUUCGCCAGUGGGACACUCGAAGAAAGCGUUAUCGAGACACGUUUAUAUUUCAAGUAUCAAAGAUGAGGAAAACAGGCGUUCGUUAUAU